AUGUCCCAUGCAGCCGACCGAGCGCAGCGAUGGGAAGCAAUGAACCGCGCUCGAUCCAUUCCUCGACAUGCGAUCAAAGCAUCCGGCCGAACGCACCGGUCGACCAGGAAGGCAAAUGACUACGGUCGACCCAGAUCAUCACCUCAUGACCAAGACCAUCACAUCACGGCCGACCCCGACGGCCGACGACAUCCCUUGCACGGUCGACCCGAGGUAACUGACGAAGCUGUUGUCACGUUUUCCACCAGCAUUUUUACAGCAGGCUCCGGUGUGCCUCCGAUGGCCUGGGUGCAGCAGGGAGCUGCGAUAGCAGAGCGGCCAAGGGCUGCAGCUGUGGGUGUUCCGCCUUAUCUAGAGAUUAUGGGGCAUAUGCAGAGGAAAGCUACACCAUUAUUUGAAGGCGGAGUUGGUCCAGAGGAGGCCGACGAGUGGCAUCUCAGACUGGAGCGAAAUUUCCAUUCUAUCAGAUGUCCAUUGGAGUAUCAGGUGGAGUUAGUUGUCCACUAUCUGAGUGGUGACACGUAUUUGUGGUAG